AUGCCCGGUUGGCAGAGGAAUUUACAAUUGGUUAUUCGUCAAGUUGGAAGAAAUGUGAAGAAUUGUAACAUUUCGACUGCCAAUUACUCUUCUACUCGGAAUUUAGAAGCCCAUUUCUCAAAAGGUUACUUGCAGGGUCUACUGCGACCAACCUACUCCUCAAGACCACUGCAUCAUUAUCUACAGCAAGCGGGAAUUUCUACCUCAAGAAGAUUGCAGGCUAAUGAAGAACCUGUAUCAUCACCUUUGUCAUCUCCAGCUCUGUUGGGGACUGGAAAAGAAGAAGACCAGAAGAUUAUCCCAAAGCGUGAGAAAGUUCAAGCUGUACUCAAGGCCAUAAAGCAGAGUCCUAAGAAGGUCAAUCUGGUUGCAGCACUAGUCCGUGGCAUGCGCGUUGAAGAUGCUCUGAUGCAACUGCAGGUCACAGUUAAACGAGCUUCCCAAACCGUGUACCGGGUUAUUCACGCUGCCCGAGCAAAUGCUGCUCAUAACCAUGGACUAGAUCCUGAACGUCUACUCAUUGCUGAAGCGUUUGUUGGGAAGGGACUUUUCAAAAAGAGGAUAUCUUACCAUGGAAAAGGAAAAUGUGGGUUGAUGAUAAGACCCGAGUGUCGCCUAACAGUCAUAGUUAGAGAGACGACUCCAGAGGAAGAAGCUGAGAUUGCAAGGCUCAAAGUUCACAACUUUAAGAAGCUAACCAAGCGGCAGAGCCGGCUUGUACCACACAGGCUCAUCGAGACAACUCCUAUCUGGAACCGCAAAGGCACUAAAGCCAAUUAUCGGUCCUCAGAGUUGGUGCCAUCUCACUAG